AUGGCUCGUACCAAACAAACCGCUCGUAAGUCUACUGGAGGCAAAGCCCCUCGUAAGCAGCUUGCCUCGAAGGCUGCCCGUAAGACGGCCCCGGCCACUGCCGCUGGUGGUGUGAAGAAGCCUCACCGCUUCCGCCCUGGAACGGUCGCACUGCGAGAGAUCAGGCGUUACCAGAAGUCGACGGAGCUCCUGAUUCGCAAGCUCCCCUUCCAGCGGCUCGUUCGUGAGAUUGCUCAGGAUUUCAAGACCGAUCUGCGCUUCCAGUCAUCGGCCGUCAUGGCUCUCCAGGAGGCUGCGGAGGCAUAUCUCGUGUCGCUCUUCGAGGACACUAAUUCUGCUGCCAUCCACGCUAAGCGCGUCACUAUUCAACCGAAGGAUCUGGCGUUGGCGCGUCGUCUCCGUGGCGAACGGGGUUAA